GAGCGGAGGCCUCGUGCCGUAACGGCCAUCGCGGCGGCCGUGGCGGCGUCCCUGCCCUCCUCAAGUGAGCUGGCGCCGCCCGGGCUUGGCAGAGGGGAGUGCAGAAGGUGCUGAACAAUGGCAGAGGAAGUGGUGGUAGUAGCCAAGUUUGAUUAUGUGGCCCAGCAAGAGCAAGAGCUGGACAUCAAGAAGAACGAGAGACUGUGGCUUCUGGAUGACUCUAAGUCCUGGUGGCGAGUUCGAAAUUCCAUGAAUAAAACGGGUUUUGUGCCUUCUAACUAUGUGGAAAGGAAAAACAGUGCCCGGAAAGCAUCUAUUGUAAAAAACCUAAAAGAUACCUUAGGCAUUGGAAAAGUGAAAAGAAAACCUAGUGUGCCAGAUUCUGCAUCUCCUGCUGAUGAUAGCUUUGUUGACCCAGGGGAACGUCUCUAUGACCUCAACAUGCCUGCUUAUGUAAAAUUUAACUAUAUGGCAGAGAGAGAGGAUGAAUUAUCAUUGAUAAAAGGGACGAAGGUGAUUGUUAUGGAGAAAUGCAGUGAUGGGUGGUGGCGGGGUAGCUACAAUGGACAAGUUGGAUGGUUCCCUUCAAACUAUGUGACUGAGGAAGGCGACAGUCCUUUGGGUGACCAUGUGGGUUCUUUGUCAGAGAAGUUAGCAGCAGUCGUCAAUAACCUAAAUACUGGGCAAGUGUUACAUGUGGUUCAGGCUCUUUACCCAUUCAGCUCGUCCAAUGAUGAAGAACUUAACUUUGAGAAAGGAGAUAUAAUGGAUGUUAUCGAAAAACCUGAAAAUGACCCUGAGUGGUGGAAAUGCAGGAAGAUCAAUGGAAUGGUUGGUCUGGUACCAAAAAACUAUGUUACCAUUAUGCAGAAUAAUCCAUUAACAUCAGGUUUGGAACCAUCGCCUCCACAGUGUGAUUACAUUAGGCCUUCACUUACUGGAAAGUUUGCUGGCAAUCCGUGGUAUUAUGGGAAAGUCACCAGGCACCAAGCAGAAAUGGCAUUAAAUGAAAGAGGGCAUGAAGGUGAUUUCCUCAUUCGUGAUAGUGAAUCUUCGCCAAAUGAUUUCUCAGUAUCACUAAAAGCACAAGGGAAAAACAAGCAUUUUAAAGUACAACUAAAAGAGACUGUCUACUGCAUUGGGCAGCGUAAAUUCAGUACCAUGGAAGAACUCGUAGAACAUUACAAAAAGGCACCAAUUUUUACAAGUGAACAAGGAGAAAAAUUAUAUCUUAUCAAGCAUUUAUCAUGAUACUGCUGACCGAAGUGAACUGCUGUACAGUUGUAAUUCGUCAUGUAAUUGAAGACUGAGAAAAUGUCAGUCCAGUCAUGCUUGAUUGGAAAUUGCUGUUUCUAACUCUAUAUGAGAAUUGACUAUAAUACAUAAAAUAUUUUUAUUAUAAUUCAGCCCAUAUAUAUAUAUACUACAUACAGCAAGUAUCUGCAUAGAGCAGUUCCUUAUCCUUGGUCUUCUGUUUUAUUGUUUUCUUUGCUCUUCUCUUGCUUCUAAUAUUAAGGUUUUAUAUUUUGAACAAAUGAUGCAAAUCAAAAGUCUUUAUAUGAAAGAAUUUCUUUAUUGCCUUUCCUUUAUUUUCUUGUAAGG